AUGUCAGCUGUACAGCUGCACACCGUUAGCACGGUCGUUCCCACUCCGAGGCUUCCUAAAGGAGAGCCAGAACUCCGCGGUCGCCCGGGAGGAGCCGCUCCACCCCGUGCUGGACUCUUCCCCAACCAGGUCCUCGGGUGCCCCCAGCACCAGCUCCCGGAGGCGCGGGGAGCGCGCUUCACCGCCGGCGACGGCCAAGUAACAGUACGAAAAUGUCACUCUGUCGGCUCGCGGUCGUCGCCCGGAGCAGAGGCUGCGCGGCGCGGGCGACCCGGCGGCGGGGGCGGGGGCGCCGAGGCCCGCACAGCGAGCGCCCCGGGGUCGGCCCGGACCCGCGCGCUCCCCGCCCCUCGCCCGGAAGGGGGAACACCCGCCCGCGGGAGGAUUCAACAGGAGCGCCGCGCCGCCCGCCUGCCGCCCGGGAAACAGCCGCCGGCCGCCCGGCCCCCGCCCCCGGCCCGCUCCCCGCGCCUGCCGGCCCCGCCGCCGCCGCCACCGCCGCCGGGCAGCCGCUGGCUGCAGCCCCCGACGCCGGGAGGCGAGUCUCGGUUGGCAGGCGGGCGGCGCUUGAGCCCCGCCACAGACACAGCCGCGGUGGCGGGCGCUGGAAAAUGGAGCGCGGCGACCACAGAGAGGAGAGACGUUCUCCUCCCGUUAACUGGAUCGUUUCCUACCUCCGGGUGCCCGACUCGCUACUCCUCUCACUCCGCUGCUCUCCGGGAUCCGCCGCCGCCGCCGCCGCAUCCAAUCGCCUCCUCCCCCCCUCCCCUUCCGCAGCCAGCCCGGCCGUUCCUCCUCCUCUCCGCUUCAAAAUGGCGCCAAGCGCUCUUCGGCGGCUGCUCCAAUCGAACCGCCGCGGACAGCACCCGGGGGGCAGGCAGAGCGCCGCGUGGGUGCGCAGCGCCCCCUGCCGACCGGCCCGCAGCGCGCGCCCGCCGGCCCGCCGGCCUCCCCUCCGCCCCGCCUCGUGCACGCACGCGCGCGCCCGCCUCCGCUCCGCUCCGCCCUGCCCGCCGCGCGCGCGCGCGCGCACGCCGCCGCACGGGCACGCCGCCGCUGUGGCCGCGAGACCCGUAG